CCACGUGAGGGCGACAGUGUUAUGUCUGUCACUUAUUCACAGCUGGGGAACCUUCGCUCAGUGAGCACGACCAUAUCUAUUGUGACGGACCGACAUGGCCGCGCUUGGAAGGGUAACAACCUGCCUCCGUCUUCUCAGGAGUUCAGCUCGUGUCCUGUUCAGCAGCAGAAAACCUGAAGUCCAUAAAGCGAGCAAAUGGACAAAUAUUCUGUACACAGCUAUAGCGUCUUUAACUGUCGGCGGUGGGCUGUGUGCUAUACCUUUCAAGCAGGUUGAAACCCUCUCUCGUGACUCUCUGAUCAGAAGAGCAGCCUCUCUGGUUACAGACAGUUCAAGCACUUUUCUCUCUCAGACCACUUUAGCGCUCAUAGAUGCCAUCACUGAGUACUCAAAGGCUGUGCACACACUCAUUGCCCUCCAAAGACGAUAUUUGGAAUCACUUGGAAAACUGACUCCAGCAGAAGAUGAUCGCAUCUGGCAGGUGAUCAUUGGCCAGCGUUCAGAGAUUAGUGACAGACUAGAUGAAUACAAGCGUUAUGAGUCAACCUGGAUCAUCGCAGUCAAGCUGUGUGAAACGGCAGUUGAGGCAGCACGCACCUCAGGAGCUGAACAUGCGUCCAUCACAGUGAUGACAAACAUUCAGGUGGCCCUGUCGCAGGUGGAGGAGGCACAGAAACUGUCCGUGGAUGCCGAAAAGAAGUUGACCGAGAUUAAAGUAAUGGAGGUUGAAAAGAUGGCGCAACAUGUUGCCUCCUUACAGAGUAAUAGUGACGAGGAAGAGGUGCCUGAGGCUUAUCUAAGAGAAGACUGAAUCAAAUACCCAGAGGUAUCAGAAAAAACGAAGAAAGCAUAAAGAAAAGGGUUAUUGAUUAUAAUGUCUUCUCUCUCUUUGAGUCGUUAACAUGUUUGGCUGUGACUUGUGUUCAAAUGUAUGUGUUUACAUCUGCACAUAAUCUGCAAUGCUGAAAAAGUAAAUCACACAAAGUGUCUAAUCAUUUAAGACUAUAUAUUUGAAUAAUGACUCCUUCGGCAGUAGAGAGGAAUAUGUUUUCGAUCCAUUGUUUAUUGUAUUUUGUAUCGACCAGCAUCUAAUUUCUAUUUUUAAAUGUUGUCCAUAUUCAUUGUAAUAAAGAUGAGACGCAGUGUAAAAACUUUA